AUGGCAAAAGGCAUAAGAAUCGCUAUUGACCGUGGCGGUACCUUCACGGAUUGUGUCGGAAACCCUGGUACUGGUAAACUAUCCGACGACGUCGUCAUCAAACUUCUAUCCGUCGAUCCGGCGAACUACGACGAUGCUCCAUUGGAAGGCAUUAGACGUCUCCUUGAGAAGUUCACGGGCGAAGAGAUACCCCGAGGGCAACCGCUAGAUACGUCAUGUAUUGAGAGUAUUCGUAUGGGUACCACGGUGGCGACGAAUGCACUGCUGGAACGAAAGGGAGAGAAGUGCGCCAUUUUUGUGACGAAAGGACACGGCGAUUGCUUGGUUAUCGGGAAUCAAUCUAGACCUCGUAUCUUCGAUCUAGCGAUACACAAGCCCGAAGUUUUAUACCAGAAAGUCAUCGAAGUAGACGAACGGGUAACUCUUGAAGAUUAUGCCGAAGACCCAGAACAAACCGUCACCCAUGUUUCACAGGAUGACGAGAAAAAUGACCCCAAUCUCGUCAAAGGAAUGACCGGCGAGGCCGUUCGGAUCCUCCAAAGGCUUGACCAAGAUGCCGUAAGAGAGGAUCUCCAGACUGUAUAUGAUGAAGGCUACAGAAGUAUCGCAGUCUGCCUAAUGCACUCAUACACCUUCCCGGAGCACGAAAAGAUCAUUGGAAAACUAGCAGAAGAAGUUGGUUUCACGCAUAUCUCGUUGUCCGCAGAGUUAAUGCCUAUGAUCAAAUACGUUCCUCGUGCCACGUCUGCUACAGCAGAUGCCUACUUAACGCCGGAGAUCAAAAAGUACAUUAGCGGAUUCGAGAAAGGAUUUGAAGGUGGCCUAGGAUCGGAAAGCGUUAUGAAAGAAGAAAAGGGAGCGAGGUGUGAGUUUAUGCAGAGUGAUGGUGGGUUGGUAGAUGUCAAAGGAUUCUCGGGAUUGAGGGCUAUAUUGUCUGGCCCAGCCGGUGGCGUAGUUGGUUAUGCACUGACAAGCUAUGACAAAGAAGUUGGAAUUCCAGUAAUUGGCUUUGACAUGGGUGGUACAAGCACAGAUGUUUCUCGUUAUGGAUCCGGAAGAUACGAACAUGUCUUCGAAACAACCACAGCUGGAGUAACGAUUCAAUCUCCCCAACUGGACAUCAACACUGUAGCCGCGGGUGGUGGCUCUAGACUAUUUUUCAAAAAUGGAUUAUUCGUCGUCGGCCCUGAAUCCGCAGGCGCCCACCCCGGCCCUGCUUGCUACCGCAAAGGUGGUCCUCUUACAGUUACAGAUGCGAACCUUUAUCUAGGACGACUCCUUCCCGAAUUCUUCCCUCGAAUCUUUGGUCCUCAUGAGAAUGAGCCUCUUGAUGCAGAGGUAUCGGCAAAGCUAUUUGAAGAGCUUAGGGAUAGUAUAAAUAGUGAAUUGGCCCAAGAUAUGACAACUGACGAAGUUGCAUAUGGGUUUCUUAAAAUUGCCAAUGAAACCAUGACUCGCCCUAUCCGCUCUCUAACGGAAGCCAAAGGUCAUGAUAGCUCGCACCACAGACUUGCGACUUUUGGUGGCGCAGGUGGACAACAUGCUGUGGCUAUUGCCCAAAGUCUGGGAAUUAAAAUGAUCUUAAUCCACCGUUAUAGCAGUGUUCUCAGUGCUUACGGCAUGGCCCUAGCCGAUGUUGUCCAGGAAGCACAAGAACCAACAUCAGCGAAAUGGGGUGACGAAGAAGUUUCAAAAGAGAUGGAUGACCGACUCGAAAAGCUUCGAAACCGUGCCGUUGAAGGGCUCGAGGCUCAAGGCUUCCGUAAUGAUGGCAAGGAGAUUGUAUUCGAGGAGUACCUGAAUAUGCGGUAUAGAGGUACCGAAUCAGCACUGAUGGUAAUCAAGCCUGAAGAUGAAGACUUCGGAACUGCAUUCGUUAAGCAACAUGAGCAAGAGUUUGGGUUUACUCUACCUGACCGAGAUAUCUUUGUUGACGACGUCAGAGUCCGAGGGAUCGGCAAGUCCUUCCAGGGGAUGGAAAAGACCGUAGACCAACAGUUGAAAGAUUGGCCAUCAGAAAAACAUAAAUCCGUUGAUGAAUCCACCGCCCACGAUGUCCGGAAGGUGUACUUUGAAGAGGGAAGGCUGGAUACCCCAAUAUAUCGCAUCGAUAAGCUUGAAGUCGGAUGUAAGAUUCCAGGGCCAGCGAUAUUGGCAGAUGACACCCAGACAAUUAUCGUCCCUCCAAGCAGCUGGGCUCUAAUCCUCGAUACUCACGUUGUUAUCAAUGUCGGAGCCGAAGAAUCCGAAAGCCACCUCCAAGAGGCAAAAAAUCAUGAAGUCGACCCUAUCCUCCUUAGCAUCUUUUCUCAUCGCUUUAUGGCGAUCGCCGAGCAAAUGGGGCGAGCUCUACAGAAGACUAGUGUCUCCACAAACGUCAAAGAGCGACUGGACUACUCCUGCGCCUUGUUCGAUGCAGACGGCGGACUCGUCGCAAAUGCACCUCAUUUACCAGUUCAUCUGGGAAGCAUGAGUACCUGUGUCAAGACGCAAGCCAAAAUGUGGGAAGGCAGAUUAAAGAGAGGCGAUGUUAUCGUUUCUAAUCACCCCGAAGCUGGUGGCACCCAUCUCCCGGAUAUCACGGUCAUAACCCCAGCCUUUAACGGCGAUGAAAUUAUAUUCUACGUUGCAUCAAGAGCCCACCAUGCCGAUAUUGGCGGUAUAUUACCGGGCUCAAUGCCACCACAAUCCCGUGAGCUAUACGAAGAAGGCGCUGCGAUAAUGUCUGAAAAGUUGGUAUCGGAAGGAAUUUUCAACGAAGAAAGAAUCACCCAGCUCCUCCUCGAUGAACCUGCACAAUAUCCUGGUUGCAGCGGAACCCGUUGUCUAGCCGACAAUAUCAAUGAUCUAAAAGCCCAAGUUGCAGCCAACAAUAAGGGAAUAACGCUUAUUCGUGCACUGAUUGAGGACUACGGACAAGAAGUCGUUCAGUUUUACAUGACUGCCAUCCAGGCGAAUGCGGAACUAAGCGUCAGAAACCUUUUGAAGGAAGUUGCAGGAAGGUUUGGUGGUAAAGAUCUGAUAGCCGAAGAUUUUAUGGAUGAUGGAAGUCCUAUCCGGCUUAAGAUUGAGAUCGAUUCUGAAAAGGGAGAGGCCGUUUUCGAUUUCAAUGGAACAGGGCCAGAGAUGUAUGGAAACAUGAACGCCCCAGAAGCGGUCACCUUCUCCGCGAUAAUCUACUGUCUACGUUGUUUGAUCUACGAUGACAUCCCACUGAAUCAAGGGUGCUUAAAGCCAAUUCACGUCAAGAUCCCUAAGGAUUCCUUCUUAAGCCCCUCAGAGAAUGCGGCGGUGGUCGGAGGGAAUGUAUUGACCAGCCAAAGAGUUACAGACGUAAUUUUCAAAGCUUUCGAAGCCUGUGCGGCAUCACAGGGCGAUUGUAACAACCUAACCUUCGGGUACGGCGGAAACACUGGUGAAGACGGAGAAUACGUUAAAGGCUUCGGAUACUACGAAACCAUAGCUGGCGGCAGCGGUGCAGGCUCAGACUGGGACGGCACCUCGGGCGUUCACACACACAUGACCAAUACCCGUAUCACCGACGCCGAAGUCUUUGAACGUCGAUACCCCGUCAUCCUCCGUGAAUUUAGCAUCCGCAAGGGCUCUAGAGGUAGAGGGGAACAUGACGGUGGAGACGGAGUCAUCCGGGACAUUGAAUUUCGUAUCCCGGUCCAAGUCUCCAUUCUUUCGGAACGAAGGGUAUUCAAACCAUACGGUAUGGCUGGUGGAGAACCGGCUAGUAGAGGUGUGAACUAUUGGAUGAGGAAGAUUGGUAAUAAUAAUAAUCAUAGUAACGGUGGGAGCAACGGAGCCAAUGGUGUUGAAGGGGAAGAAGGGAGGAAGUAUAAGAAGAUUAAUAUGGGAGGGAAGAACACGGCUAGUAUGAAACCUGGAGAUAGGAUUAUUAUUUGCACGCCUGGAGGUGGAGGGUAUGGACUAAAGGGUAGUGGGACAUCUACACCGAGGGACCCUUAUAAGAAACCAAGAAAGAUUGACCCUACGUUGAUGUGGAGAGGUCGUGGGACUUUGGCAAAUAGAAUGGCGACUGAGGAAUCAAGUUAUUGA